AUGACAGUCUUGGAAAUAACUUUGGCUGUCAUCCUGACUCUCCUGGGACUUGCCAUCCUGGCUAUUUUGUUAACAAGAUGGGCACGACAUAAGCAAAGUGAAAUGUAUGUCUCCAGAUACAGUUCAGAACAAAGUGCUAGACUUCUGGACUAUGAGGAUGGUAGAGAGGGAUCCAAAAGAGACUACACACCAUCAACCAACUCUGUAGUGUCUACGGCAUCUAAGUUCUCCCUGGGACAAACAGAACUCAUUCUUGUUUUGAUGUGUUUUAUUUUAGCACUGUCUCGAUCAAGUAUUGGUAGUAUAAAAUGUUUAAAAACAAUUGAAGAACCUCUCUCCAGAACUGCAGGAGCCAUUAUGCAAUUCACAGCCCCUAUUCCUGGAGCUACAGGACCUAUCAAGCUCUCUCACAAAACCAUUGUGCAAACUCCAGGACCUAUUGUACAAUAUCCUGGACCCAAUGCUGGUCCACCUUCAGCACCCCGCGGUCCACCCGUGGCACCCAUAAUAAUUUCACAGAGAACCGCAAGUAAAAUACCUCAAGUUCACACUAUGGACAGUUCUGGAAAAAUCACACUGACUCCUGUGGUUAUAUUAACAGGUUACAUGGAUGAAGAACUUGCAAAAAAAUCUUGUUCCAAAAUCCAGAUUCUAAAAAGUGGAGGCACUGCAAGGUCUCAGAAUAGACAAGAAGAAAACAAGGAAGCACUAAAGAAUGACAUCAUAUUUACAAAUUCUGUUGAAUCCUUGAAAUCAACACACAUAAAGGAGCCAGAAAGAGAAGGAAAAGGCACUGAUUUAGAGAAAGACAAGAUAGGAAUGGAGGUCAAUAUAGACAGUGAUGCUAGAAUACCAAAAAGACAGGAAACCCAACUAAAAAUCAGUGAGACGAGUGUACCAAAAGGACAGGGAGCCCAAAUAAAGAAGAGUGUGUCAGGUGUACCAAGAGGACAGGAGUCCCAAGUAAAGAAGAGUGAGUCAGGUGUACCAAAAGGACAAGAAGCCCAGGUAACUAAGAGUGGGUUGGUUGUACUGAAAGGACAAGAAGCCCAGGUAGAGAAGAGUGAGAUGGGUGUGCCAAGAAGACAGGAAUCCCAAGUAAAGAGUGAUGAGUCGGGUGUCCCAAAGGGACAAGAAGCCCAGGUAAAGAAGAGUGUGUCAGUUGUACUGAAAGGACAGGAAGCCCAGGUAGAGAAGAGUGAGUUGAAGGUACCAACAGGACAAGAAGGCCAAAUAGAGAACAGUGAGGCAGAUGUGCCAAAGGAACAGGAGGUCCAAGAAAAGAAGAGUGAGGCAGGUGUACAGAAAGGACCAGAAUCCCAAGUAAAGAACACUGAAGUGAGCGUACCAGAAACACCGGAAUCCCAACUAAAGAAGAGUGAGUCAGAUAUAAUAAAAGGACAGGAAGCCCAAGAAAAGAAGGAGAAUUUUGAGGAUAAAGGAAAUAAUGAUAAAGAAAAGGAGAGAGAUGCAGAGAAAGAUCCAGGUAAAAAAGAAAAAGAUGAUAAAAACACAAAAAGUGACAAAGGAAAGGGCAAAGUUAAAGGAAAGCAAGAAUCAGAAAUCAGUGGUGAAAAAUCAAAAGGCUCAAAAAGGGCGAAGGCAAGUAAAGGAAAGAAGUACAACAAAAAAGCAGAAGAGUAA